CGCUGCCCUGGGCGCUCAUGCGAGUGACACCUGCGCCCCCGUGGCUGGCGGGCGGCGGGCGGACUCCACCGGAGGGUGGAGGGACCCCGCGGGAGCCUCCGGGCCAUCCUCAGGCCACCGCAGACUCCGCCGAGCGUGUGGGAGGCGCUGGCCUCGCGCCGGGCGGCGGAGGUGGCUCCGUCUUGGGGCUCCUGGGAGCCCCGGGAGCAGUGGGUCUCCCCGUCCACUGAGCCGAAGACCCGUGGACUGCCCUGACACCGACCAGGCGCUCCUAGGGUCGAGCUGCGCCUGGGUUUCUCCACUUUUCUCUCGCCACCCUCUUCUCUCUCCUACCGCGUUGCUCAGGCUCGGGCCACCUCACCUGACCGAGAUUUUCCAGUGUAGGACUACGAUGUUAGUCCCUGGAGCAUCUCCAUGCUAAGGCAAAAGUGAAGACGCUAUUAAUGAUCCCAGUACAUUUUCUUAAAAGCUUGGGUAGCGCUCACUGCUUUGCACGUCAGUGAUCGUAUUGAUAUGCGUCCUCUCUCCCCAGCCCUGGGGCCUCAGGUAGUUGGGUGGCAAGGGCAGGAUUAUCCCACAGGCCUUGAAAAGGAUAAGAUUUCAGACUUUUAUUUACUUCUUUUGGGGGGAGGCCACCAAGCAGAACCGAGGAGCAGUGAAUCAGCAGUUCAAGUUUCUUGAAUCUUUGACGAUGAGGAAGGUUGCCCAGAGCCACGUGCUGGAUUAAAAAAUCUUACUUCAGCAUCUUUCCAAGUCCGGGCGGCUCUCUUCCUACCUUUCUCACCAGCAGAGUUGCCUAGAUGUAGUUAAGAUAGGCAGACCCCUUGUUAUGUGCCAUUUCACAGGUCUGUAGUUAUUACAAGUUCUUAGUUUAUUAUUUAACAAUUUAGUGGUAAACCUUUUCUUCAUUGUAUAACUAUGAGAUUCUGAGACAAGAUAAACCAGUCCUUUUGACAACAGGGAUUACUGGGUAUGAGUUAGAAGGAUUUGUUAAAUUCCCUCAGUUUCUGACAUAGUAGCAUUACUGAUGAUCUGGAAACUAUGAAGAACAUUUUAACUUUCAAUCAUUUCAUCUUGUUGGAUGCAAGUUUGGGUCUUGAUUAAUUUAAUUUGACCACGUUUUGUUCAAAUACAUUUGAUCCUGGGUUUAAUAAACUAUUACCUUAAGAACAAUUGAUAUUUACCUUGUAGCAUGUAAGCUUGUGGUUCACUGUUACUACUCUGGGUAAUUCUUUAGAGUUUCACUAAUUAAAAGGAAAUGUGAAUAAUUCUCCUUUUCUUUUCUCUCCUCCUUCCCUCCUUGUACUGUAUGUGGAGCUGUCAGGACCAUAAGUAGACAAUAAAGCUUCAGAAAGGUCUUUACCACUCUUCCUGUUCCCAACUCUAAUAUAUAGAUGAUAUCAGGUUAAAAUGAACAUUACAGAAAUCUAUCACAUCAGGAAAGAAAGUGAAGAUUAAAAAGGAUGACAUGUAAUAUGAAGGUCAAGAAAAAGAAUGUGGAGUAAUUCUGCUCUCUACCUUGCAAAUGGGAAUCCUUAGAGAUGAUAUCUUGGGAUUAAAUGAAGAGGUUUGAGAUAGUGAAUUCCUAAGAAGAAAAUAAUGGAUUUCAUAUUAGUUGUUCUCUAAGUAUUUGGACUCAGCAUUGUGCAGGUUUUUUGCAAAGGCCAAAAGAAGAUGGCAACUCCUUAUGUCCCAGUUCCUAUGCCCAUAGGGAACUCUGCUUCCAGUUUUGCAACCAACAGAAACCAAAGAAGUUCUUCUUUUGGGAGUAUCUCAACAAGCUCAAACUCUUCCAAAGGCCACUUAGAGGACUCAAAUAUGGGUAAUUUUAAACAGACAAGUGUACCCAAUCAAAUGGAUAGUACUUCAUCUGUCUGUAGCAGUCCCCUCAUUAGGACUAAAUUUACAGGUGCAGAUUCUUCCAUUGAGUAUUCUGCUAGACCAAGAGAAAGUGAAGAACAAAAUCCUGAAACAGUAUAUUUGGAAGAUAGACCUUCGACACCUACUAUACUGGGUUAUGAAGUGAUGGAAGAAAGAGCUAAAUUUACUGUAUAUAAAAUACUAGUAAAGAAAACCCCAGAAGAAAGUUGGGUAGUUUUCAGAAGAUACACUGACUUCUCUAGACUUAAUGAUAAAUUAAAAGAGAUGUUUCCAGGCUUUCGAUUAGCACUUCCACCAAAACGCUGGUUCAAAGAUAAUUACAAUGCUGACUUUUUAGAAGAUAGGCAACUAGGAUUACAAGCAUUUCUUCAAAAUUUAGUGGCUCACAAAGACAUUGCUAACUGCCUUGCAGUGAGAGAAUUUCUUUGUCUGGAUGAUCCACCAGGCCCAUUUGAUAGCCUAGAAGAAAGCAGGGCUUUCUGUGAAACCUUAGAAGAGACAAACUACCGUUUUCAAAAAGAACUACUUGAAAAACAGAAAGAGGUGGAAUCACUGAAGAAACUGCUGAAUGAAAAGCAACUUCAUAUAGAAACUCUAGAGAGCAGAAUCAGAACAUUGUCUUCAGAACCUGAAGAAUCACUGCACAUGUCAGAAACAGAAGGUGGACACAUCCCAAAGGUGGAGUCCUCCACACUUGAGGUUGAUCAAGAUGUUUUGCAUGAAGAAUCUAGAACUGAUGAUAAGCCAUGCUUAAGUUGUAGUGAACCUGAAAAUUCUGUAUCGGACAUAGAAGUUGCAGAAGUGGCGUACAAUGCAGAAGACUAAUACAUGACGAGCAGUUCCUUCCAUGUAUAUGUUUCAGCAAAUUUAGAAUAGAGUGGCAAAUAUUUAAAAAGAAAAAAGACUGAAGCAUUUACAGAAAACAGAAAGAUUGCACAUGUAUUAAAGUUUACAUAAAGAAAAGUUUUUUUAAGUUAUUGGGAUAGAAAUGUAUUCACUGCUGCUUUAAAUUGUCUUUUAUCCAACCUUUGUAUUUAAUACACUAAAAAAAAAAUCUAGUUAGAGUUCUGUUAUCAAGACUCAAUUCUUAAAUGAUGUGCAUAAGUUAUUUUGGUAUUUUGCCAAUAUAUUGCUCCAAAUGAAUAUGUGUGUGAGCAUUCUUGUGUGUGGUAUGCGUGUUUGUGUUUGUGUUUAAAAUGCCAAUUUUAUCAGUUAAAUGGACAUUAAAUGCAUGUUACUAUCUGGUUGAUAUAUACUUCUUUGUAUCUCUGACAUAAUAUAUUUUCAUUAGUGGUUUAAAUCAGUGGUAAAGAUGAAUUAAGUUUUAAAUAUUGACACGUUUACCAUUUGUAAAUAAAAAUUGCCUGUUUGCAAUGUUAUUGCUAUUUAAAAAAAAAAGAAAACUUUAUAAUACCAAAGGAAAACUAUUUCAGAGAGCUAUAGUAACAUAUAAUAAUGUAGCUAAAGUGAUAAAAUAGCCUUGAUUUUAAAAGCUGAUUCAUUAUCAGAAUGCUAUAGUAAGUGUCUAGUUUAUUAUAAUAUGUUGUACUUGUUUAUUUUCCACAUAUCUUUAUCUCAGAUGUCUACCUGUAGAAGCAGUGAGUUGUCCUCUUUCGGAAUA